CAACCAACGUGAACUUAAACUUAUUUUAACGUGUUUUUUUUUCUUUCAGCAGUUGCAGACCAAAUUGAUUGCAAAUGUUUUUGGGUAAAGUGACAAUAUAAAUGGCCUUUAGAACAUUAGAAGAGGCAACAUCUAUUUCUGCUGGAGUGUUUAAUCCUUUCAUUCACAAAUUGGAACUUGCAACUUAUGACAGAGUGAAGAUAGUGGUGAUGACUGUCACAGUUUUCCCUUUUCGACUCCUACUCCUCAUGAUCUUUCUCACAACUGCAUGGUUUCUUGCUGUGUUUGGUGUGUAUGGAAUGUCCUCUGAAGAAAUCAACAAAAAACCAAUGUCUGGAUGGAGAAAGUCCUGUAAAAAAAUUUGUUUUUCUUGGAUGACAUGAUUUGAACAAGAAGCAGUUUCUUUGUUGUACUAAAUA